AUGGAAAAAGCAGACAAAAUAGAAGUUGAAUAUGUUUUUGAAGAAGGUACAAAUGAAGCAAGCAAAAUACAUUUUCACUUUUCAAGAGAAUUUUGCGUACAGUUUGGCAUUUCAUUUGUUGCGAAUUUGUUAAUUUUCAUUACGGGAACACAUAUGGGAUGGAUUGGACCAACAGUUCUUAAACUAUCAUCAAACAGUUCAGAAAUACCGUUAACAUCAUCUGAAAUAUCAUGGUUAACUGCAAUGUUACCACUUGGUGGAGGAAUUGGUCCAAUAUUUGGAGCAAUAUUAGCAAAUAGAAUUGGUCGUAGAAAUGCAAUCUUAUUAACAACUAUUCCCGAAAUAAUUACUUGGAUUGAAAUCGCCUAUGCCAAAAAUAUAUAUCAUUUAUGUACAGCACAAUUUGUAAAAGGAUUGAUUGGAGGUUCUGCAUUUGCUGCUGUACCAAUGUAUUUUGGUGAAAUAUCAUCACCACAAUUUCGUGGAAUCAUGGGAAUGCUCUUUCAAUUACAUUGUACUGCCGGAGCCAUAUUCGAAACUAUUCUUGUGCCAUAUGUUUCUGUAGCGGCUAAUGCAUGGAUUGCAUCAAUAAUACCGUUUCUUCUACUUAUAAUUUUCAUUUGGAUGCCAGAAUCUCCGUAUUACUUCUUGAUUAAAAAUCAAACAGAGAAGGCAAGAACAUCUCUACAAAUAUUAAAGCAAAGUGAUAAUGUUGAGCGACAAUUAAAACAUCUACGGCAAGUAAUUAGGGAAGAACAAAAUGAAGUCAAAAAAUUUUCAGAAAUAUUUCGAGUCAGAAAUAACCGAAUUAGUUUUAUUCUAUGCCUCGGAAUAAUUUCCACCCAAUUUUUAUGUGGUUUAAAUGUUGUAGUUUCAUACUCGCAGCUUAUAUUAGAAAAAUCGCAUUCACCGUUAGAGCCUCACGUAUGUGGAAUUAUAAUCGUAGGUGUCGGUUUAAUUUGUGUUAUUAUAAGUUUUUUUACAAUUGACUCAUGGGGCCGUAAACCGUUAUUGCUAUUUGCAGAGAAAAAGUGUGGAUGGAAUGGUACGGUGGUUCUAAAGCAAGAUAUAACAGAUCAAUUGCGUAGAACUUACCAUAUAAUCAAUUACGCACCAGACGUAAAACGUUUGAUACCUGGUAUUACAAAAGACGUAUGGUCUCCCGGACUUUCUGUUUCAAAUGAUGGUCAAUACGUCUUAGGACGAACUUCAUUUUUAAUUCGUGUUGAAUAA